UAAUUCAAACUUUGCUGGUAGUCUGAGAGGAUCGUUGUUGAGACUUGUUGCUGGACUCUACUGAGUCUGUGAGGAUCUGAAGGAAAUCUGAGUCCUCAUCAAAACCUGCUGGCUUCAGACUGACUCAAAAAUUCCAGUCCAUCAUGUCCUCUCUGUUUUCUGCGUUCUUAAUCGUGGCCAUAGGUUUUCUCGUAGACGGCUCUCCAACGGUUCCUCCGACUCCGCAUGUUGGCGUAGCGUCUCAGCCCCAGAUGGGGGCGACGUCCUUGGACUGUCCAUCCUGCUCUGUCCCACCGCUCAGGAGGAACUCGUCCUCGUCGGCAGGACAGGGCGACAUGGUGGAGGCGGUGAAGCGUCACAUUCUUAACAUGUUGCACCUGAGCGCUCGGCCCAACCUGACGCAGCCGGUUCCUCGCGCCGCGCUGCUCAACGCCAUCAAAAAGCUGCACGUGGCCCGUGUGGCCGAAGACGGCAGCGUGGAGAUCCAGGAAGAGGGUGGGGGCCCUGGGGCCCCAGCACCACCAGAACCACCAUCUGAGAUCAUCACCUUCGCAGAGCCAGGAGAUUCGCUGAACACGGUGACCUUCGACAUUUCGAAGGAAGGCGGCAGCUCGUCGGUGGUGGAACAGGCGAACGUCUGGAUCUUCCUGAAGGUGUCGAAGGGAAGCCGAGCUAAAGGCAAAGUAACGCUGCAGCUGCUACAGCUUCAUCAUGAGGAUGAUCGCGAGAAGGAGGAGUGUGUUUCGGAGAAAGUGGUGGACACCGGUCGCAGCGGUUGGCACACCCUCGGCGUCUCACGCAGCAUUCAGACUCUGCUGGAUGGCGGCGGCAGCUCGCUCAGUCUACGGGUCUCCUGCCAGUUGUGCGCUGGUGCCGGAGCUUCGCCCAUCCUGGUGCCUGACAUCGUUGAGCGAGCUGGGCGAGAUCAGUCUCACCGCCCCUUCCUCAUGGUGGCGCUGCGAGCUGGAGAGGAGGCGACUCAGCGUCGAGUCAAACGAGGUUUGGAGUGUGAUGGGAAAAUACGCGUCUGCUGCAAAAGACAGUUUUACGUGAACUUCAAAGAUAUCGGCUGGAACGACUGGAUUAUUGCUCCAUCCGGUUACCAUGCCAACUACUGCGAAGGGGACUGUCCAAACCACAUGGCGAGCUUCAGUGGGUCAUCCCUGUCCUUCCAUUCAACGGUCAUCAAUCAUUAUCGUAUGAGGGGCUACAGCCCGUUCCAAAACAUCAAGUCGUGCUGCGUGCCGACCAGGCUGCGUGCCAUGUCGAUGCUGUACUACAACGAAGAGCAGAAGAUCAUUAAGAAAGACAUCCAGAACAUGAUCGUGGACGAGUGCGGCUGCUCGUAAACAAAUCGUGGACGAGUGCAGCUGCUCAUUAACAUGAUCGUAGACGAGUGCGGCCACUCGUAAACAUGAUCGAGGACGAGUGCGGCUGCUCGUAAACAUGAUGGAGGACGAGUGCGGCUGCUCAUUAACAUGAUGGAGAACAAGUGCGGCUGCUCGUUCACAUGAUGAAGGGCGAGUGCAGCUGCUUGUAAACUUUCUUUAGAAACACUUCCUGCAAGGAAAAUUUACUUCCGAAGAUCAAGUAUUUAUGUUUAGUGAUGAAACGUUGUGUUUCUCAGUGGGAGAGACUCUUUUCCACUUUGGAAUGACCCGAGAAAACUAUGCAACAAAGUCAAACUUCACUAAAUGUUUGUUUGUUGUUUUAACCUGUGUGGAAAUGUCUGAUGUUGAGAUACUUGAGAAAUAAAUGUGUUCAACCAGCUGCUGGAGCCAAACAUCAUCAUCACCAUCACCAUCACCAUCAUCAGCACC